AUGGUAGUUCAAAAAUCAGGUAGAGGGCGUAAGAUGAGAGCUGCCCCAGCUAAGCAUGUCCCAAAUAAUGCUGGCAGCAGUAAGCAAAUAGAACAACAUAAAAUUGUUAAUGUGGAUGGAGGGAGUGGUGAGAUGAUGGCCACAGAUUGUCACUCGGGUGAUAUAGUUCUUGAUUCUGCUGCUGACAAGGAAGUGGGAAGUCUGAAUAUUCAAGGAAGUUCUGGGAACAUUGAGAGGAAAUCUAGGAGUCCUAAUCCCAGCCCGCGGGUUUCUGGCCCUAAGAAGCAGAAAAAAUGGGGAAUUAAAGCUGGAACUCAUAGAGGUUUAUCUGUGAGCUCUGGUGGGAUUCAUAAAGGAAAGCAGAAUACCAAAGUCGGUGCGAGUAGAGUGCAAGACUCAGAAAAUCUGAUUCCUAUCUCUCAGAGUAUGGGAAGCCAGAAGAUGGCUAAUAGGAUUAAAGUCUUCAAAAGUGGAGUCCUUCAGCCGUCCCAGAAUCCUAAUAUUCUGGGCAGUGGGAGAGUGAAGGCAGAGGCAACUCUGAAUAAUAUGAAGUCUGGUACUAUGCCUCACUAUUUGGAGGAUAGAAGUAUGGAGUUAGUCACAUUUGUGUAUGGGAGCCCAAGGAGAUGUGAGAGAGAGAUUCUUUGGGAAAAUUUGGAGGAGUUGGCUGCUUCUGUGAAUUCUCCUUGGAUUAUUCUUGGGGACUUCAAUUCUGUGCUGAAGCAAUGUGAGAAGGUUGGAGGUAUGGAUGUAUGCUGGAGGAGUAUUAUGGAGAUGCAGGACUGCCUUGAUUUGUGUGGGGUUUCUGACAUAGGAUUUAAGGGUCCUAGUUUUACUUGGAAGAAGGGCAACCUACAAGAAAGACUUGAUAGAGCUUGUGCUAAUGAGGAGUGGAAUAUGGCUUGGCCCAAUAGAUUUCUUGGGCAUUUACCAUUUUUCAAUUCUGAUCAUAGACCUAUUUUGGUUAGUAAUUACCAAUCUAGCCGUGAGCUGAAUGGGGUGAAGCAAUUCAAGUUCCUAGCUGCCUGGUUGACUGAUCCAGAUUUUGGUAAUAUUGUCAAACGGUGUUGGGAGGAAAAAGGGGAUUGGAAUGAAGCUAGGAAAGAGUUUGAGGUUGAAGCUUCCAAUUGGCAUCAUUUUGUGUUUAGAGAGGUAUUGAGACAGAAACACAGACUGUAUGCUAGAAUCCAGGGUCUGGAUUGGGAGCUGGAGUAUAGAUAUGAUAGGGAGCUUGCAAGACUGCAGGGUGAGCUAUGGAAGGAAUUGGAGACUAUAUUGCUGAGAGAAGAAGUGUCCUGGUUUCAAAGAUCUCAGGUCUCUUGGCUGAAAUUUGGUGAUAAAAAUACCAAAUUCUUCCAUUCAACUACCAUUGCUAGAAGAAGAAGUAAUAAAGUGCUUGCCAUCAAGAAUGAGAGGGGAGAGUGGACUGCUGAUUCUUCUGAGCUUGUGGAAACUGUUGUGGGUUAUUUCUGGUUGAGGAGGGGGAUAAUGAGAUGUUCCUUAUCAAGGGUGCUUUCCCUAGGUUGGAGGCUUUUGAGAUGA